GCGUUGGAACAGCUCUCUGCGGAAAAGAAACUGCAAUGGCUUGUACAACAGCUGUAGAAGAGCUAAUUGGUGAACAUUAUAAUCAGCAAUUAAUGGAAUUACUUAAUGAUAACCCCGUGGAUCAUGCCGAUCUUCUGAAGGUCAUUUAUUUCUUGUAA